ACGGCAGCAUCCACGCUUAUUAUCACGCUGGGUUUUUCCUCAUCCAAGCCUCGAUCCAAGCACCACGCAAACGCAUGGGUAUUUCGUCUCUGCCAGCGCAUCUGAAAGACGGGAGGAAAUUGGCCGGCCAAAUGGAACCGCACUAAACACAUGUUCGCGCUAGCGCCUAGAACAGUCACAUUUAAAAUGCAGAGUCUUGCGGCUAAAAUCGGAAUCUUGGUCGUGUUUGUAGGUUUUUUAGGGAGUGUAGCUCCUCAAAACCCAUUGCAAAUUAUGGUUUCAGAGAUUCGCCCAUCUUUCAGCGAAGGGCUGAAGCACCUUGAGAAUUUGUUUGACUUGUUCCAUCUCACUCUGACUGGAACAGAGUCCGAAAUGGAAGCCCCCAGUAGUAAGGAGGAAAUACAGUUAGCUAUUCGCCAGACCCACGAUUCUUUUUCGGAAACCGAGAGGAUCACAGCCAAGCAUCAGAGACUCUAUGACGAAAAGUUUCUUUCUCUGACUUACAACAUUUCUGCCCUUGAAGUCAACAUUAAUCAACAAGAGACUGAGCUUGCGCAAUUGAAACGAGAAGAGGGAAAAAAGCAAGUCGAAUCCGCCAAACUAGUCGUGAAAAACGUCUUUUCAUUCAGGAGAGGCAUUAACAGAGAACUUUUAGCUAAAAUUAUGGCGAUAAAAGCAACAGUGAAAGAGAUUGUUGAUCGUCACAAUUCAAUGGCGGCAUCCAUAUCGAGUUUGAAAUCGAAUUUGAUUUCUUCUCGCUCCGAACUCAACAGGCUGAGAGAUGAAAGUUCGUUAAUUGGAAGCUUGGGCUCCAAAAUCAGAUCCAUCACCACGUUUUUGACUCUACUUCAUGGAAAAGUGAAUGUCAUGUCUAACACGCAGCAGUGGAGAUACGAGUUUGAACCCUUGCUGUUAUCCAUUGACGAUUUAAUCACAUUUCUUCAAAGACGUGAAGAUCUGAUGACGUCACUGGCGGACAAGCACAUCGUGAAUAAAAUCCGAGAUAAAUAUUUUUAAAAUUAACGAGGUUUUUUUACUGGCAGUUAUUUUAA